AUGGGCAAGAUAUUGGACAACGUCAAGUUCCUUUGCAUUGCAGGUGUCGGCUUGUUUGGCGACGGAUGGCUCAACAUCACCAUCGGCCUCGUUAUUCCGAUGAUCGGCUAUCUGUAUUUCACGGAUGACGGGGGAGCAGUGCCAACAGUCUCCGGAUCUGUCAUCAAGGGUGGAUUAUCGAUUGGCAUGAUCCUUGGCCAACUUUCGUUUGGCUUGUUCGGAGACGCUCUGGGAAGACACAAAGUCUAUGGCAAAGAGCUUAUCAUCACAAUCUUUGGAACUCUACUUCUCAUCGUCCCGCCAACAUACCUCGGCCAUGCUGGCAUUGUUGCUUGGCUCACGACCUUCCGCAUAAUCACUGGAGUGGGCAUUGGGGGUGACUACCCUAUGUCGUCUUCACUCUCCGCUGAGCACAAUCCCAUGGGCUCCCGCGCGAAGCUCAUCUUGACAGUCUUCUCCUUCCUUGGCCUGGGAAGCGUUUCCGCCGGUGUCACGUACAUCAUCCUUCUAGCAGCAUUCAGGGAGGCCAUCAAAAGCAACAUCCAUCACUUGCAAUGGGUCUGGCGACUGUUGUUCGGCAUCGGUCUGGUGCCGCUGAUCGCUACUUUGUACGCAAGGUUGACGAUGAAAGAAAGCAAGCCAUACGAGAAAUACGUAUCGACCGACACGGGUCUAAUCGGAGAGGACAAGAGAGGGUUGAAGGAGCAAUUCGCUGACUUCAGGAUCUACUUCUCGCAAUGGAAGCAUGCCAAAACUGACAUCGCUUUCUACGGGAUCAACCUCAAUCAGUCCAUCAUCCUUGGAGCAAUUGGAUACGGCACUGGGGCCACCCCUUAUGAGACUCUGUGGAAUACUGCAAUUGGCAAUAUCAUCGUCGCUGCCGCGGGAUAUCUCCCUGGCUUUUACAUCGGCAUAUUCCUCCCGGAUGUCGUCGGUCGCGUCAGCCAACAAGCCAUUUGCAGCGCUCUCGUUACGUUGCUGUAUGCCAUCUGGGCUGGCGUCACCAACCACACGUCUACAGCAGGCCUGAUGAUUCUGUUCACCUUGUCUCAAUUAGUCCUCAACAGCGGACCCAACUGUACGACGUUCCUCCUGCCAGUCGAGGUCUUUCCAACUAGAGUCCGAGGCUGCGCUCACGGCAUUGCUGCAGCAUCUGGCAAGGCGGGUGCUGUACUUACGGCGUUUGCUUUUGGUACUGUUGCGGAGAAGAUUGGCAUCAAUGGCGUGUUGGGCCUCUUCUCCGGGAUCAUGGCUCUUUGCACGCUAGUCACUCUGCUCAUUCCAGAGCCAAGGGGAAAGACUCUGGAUGAGAUAGAGCGUGGUGCCUUGUACGGCGAGGUCGCUAGUCCCUCAGACACAAGCGUUUCUUCGGGAGAGUUGGGCCGUGUUGCUGUGCAUGCUAAGGGUGAUGAUGGUGUGAAAGACCAGGUUUAA